CCCUCCUAUCUUUGGUUCUUUUUAACCUAUUCACCCGAGAGAGAAGUUAGAAAGCGACUACCAAUCCAUUUGAAGAAUCAGGUUCGCACACAUCCAAUCCUCAUUCUCACCAUAGCUUUGCAAUGUAUCAUAACUAUUUUUGUCAUUAAUGGAACUCUAAAUUUCAUCUGAUAUCAUCUACCUCCACUGCAUCUCUUCUAGGGUUUCAUUUCUUGGUGAUGAUUUGGGAACUGAGGCUUUAGCAAUUUACAAGAUGUAUGUAAGCCGUAGACUGAGCUUACAUGAUUAAGAAAUAUUGACAAUGGCCGAGUAUCUGGCUUUAUUGUCCCCUGUCAAGCUGCAUUCUCGUGGAAACAUUCUGGAUGGACGAUCCUUUGUGCCUAAAACUUUUCAUGUCUCCUCACCAAGUAAGCGCUACGUCAAAAAUUGCAAAGUUUACCAGUUUUCGGCACAGCAUGCUUGCAAGCUCAUAGCUUCUCACUUGAGAAUACCAAAUGUAAUGCCCCAACAGAAGACUUUUAUGAGGUGUCGGUGCAUGAGUGCCCUGGUGAAUGCUGCUGUUCCAGUUACUUCUGACUGGAUUCCUGUAAUGGACCAAGUCUUUCUUUUAGUGAGCAUAACCCUGACAUAUAUGGCUGGUGUAAUACCUGCUGAGAAGUUCCCUUAUAGUACUCAAACAAGAAUCUCAGAAGAUAAUGAGGUUCCUGAAAACUCUUCCUUUUCUGGUAGCGCCACAGCGAAUGAUAAGGAGGUAUAUUUGGAGUUUGCCUGGGAUAUUGUGAAAGGCAAGAUCAUGGAUUCCCUAUGUUUUAUACAAAAUGAGGUAAAUGUAGGCGAUAGGGUUGCUGAACUUGAAGAAGGUCAUAUGAAAAAGCCUUCAAGUUUGUGUGCUGUCACUGAGGGUCCCAGGAUGAGGUUGCUGUGGGCUUCGUUUCAGUGGCUCAAGGACGAGGUGGUAAAUAUAUCUGGCAACUAUAAUACAAUGCACUCGAAUGAUUUCUUGGCGGUCGUUAAUGAAAUUUUUCGGAAAUGCUGUCAGCCGCUAUGCAUUGCAUGGAUGGAAGAGGAGCUUUGCCUUGUUACUGGCAAACCUGACAUGGCACUUCUUUCUUCUGUGGUCAAUAAGUUAAAUGGACGUGACAUUAUUUUGCGAAAUAUAAGAAAAUCAGGCAAGGAGGAUCUAUAUGCAGAAUUGAUAUUUGCUCUUAGAUUCGGUUCUGUCAGUGUGUGUCUUAACAGCCCAAAUGCGUACUACAAUCGUACCCUGUUUACCCAGCAUGGAGUAGCCAUUUUAGAAGAUUUGGUGAUUACGUUAGCAGAUGGUAUUGCAAGCAUGUAUUUGGAACUUAUAUCUGUUGACAGUAGCCUUUCAAAUGAAAUGAACAGCCUUGGUUUGAGUUUGUGCAGAUUGUCCACCAGAGCACUUCAAAGAUUGCGAAAUGAGGUGGCAUUACACCAAUGGUUGCAUCAGAAUAUGGAGGCAGUUGUAUCUAUGUACGAAGACCACUUUGACCUUCGCACCCUUCACAUCCAACCCAUUGAGAAAUCCAGUAGGACCGCGGAUGAAAAUGCUAAUUGGUGGAAACAGCUUUGUUUGAGGAGAUCUGGAUCUGUAUCAUCUUCAUUGCGUUUUGCUGUGAUCAGCCAUAUUUCAUUACCUGUUAAACGGACCAUGGAAUUACGGGACUUGACUGGGUGGAGGUACUACUUCAGCCUAUUUCUUGAACUGACUGAUAUCACAAUGCCAAUUAUAAGGACGGUUAUCGCUAAAGUCAGUGAUGCUAUCUCUUUCUUCCUAGUUUGCUUAAUAGGACGGUCCUUGGGACUCAUCUAUUCUGGAAUAAGGCAGUCCUUAAGAUGGAAAUAAAGGUCUAACGAUGCUUAUGAAUUUGUUGGCUGAGGUUCUAUCAGUUCUUUUUUAUGAUUUUAUUUUGGAAAUAAUAUGGAUGAAGUAGUAUAUCUUGUAUGAUAGUCAAGCUAGAGACUUGAUUUUUUAGCAUGGAAGUGUGAGCAUCCUUAUAUCAUUAAAAUUUCUUGUAAGAUGCAUUUUGAGAUAGUGAGCGGCUAGAAGAUAUUUGUUAUGUUCAAAACUAUAAGCCAUUAUUUAGUUUUGCGUGGUAUCUUUCACUUUCUUGAGAUCCUGUCGUCUGUGAGCUCA